GCGCGCGAGUGAGUGGCGAUCCCCGAGCUGAGCGCAGGCGCGCGCGGCGACUCCGCGAACUCGAGCGGCGAUGGGACGCCUGUGGCUUUGGGGGACCUGGGGCUUCUGGGGGCUGCUCCUGUGCGCCGCGGACCCCCGCACAGAUGGCUCUAAAAUAAUUCCUAAAGUCACAGAAAUAAUGCCUAAAUAUGGCAGCCUAAAUGGAGCAACAAGACUGACUAUUAAAGGAGAAGGUUUUGCUCAAGCAAACCAGUUUAACUAUGGAGUUGAUGAUGCUGAUUUGGGGAACACUGUACAAUUAGUUUCUUCUUUUCGAUCCAUUUCUUGUGAUGUAGAAAAAGAUGCAAGUCAUUCAACUCACAUUACUUGCUAUACUAGAGCAAUGCCAGAAGAUUCCUACACUGUUCGAGUCAGUGUGGACGGGGUUCCUGUUACAGAAAAUAAUACCUGCAGAGGUCUCAUCCACAGCCGAGCGUGCAGCUUCUACGCAAAAAGUUUCAGAACUCCAACAAUAAGGAGCAUCACACCUUUAUCUGGGACUCCAGGUACACUAAUAACAAUCCAAGGCAGAAUCUUCACUGAUGUCUAUGGAAGUAAUACUGCACUAAGCUCAAAUGGGAAAAAUGUUAGGAUUCUGAGAGUGUAUAUUGGAGGAAUGCCCUGUGAGCUUCUUAUACCACAGUCUGAUGAUUUGUAUGGUUUAAAACUAGAUCAUCCAAGUGGAGACAUGGGUUCUAUGAUUUGUAAGACGACUGGAACUUACAUUGGUCAUCACAAUGUCAGUUUCAUCUUGGAUAGUGAUUAUGGAAGGAGUUUCCCAGAAAAAAUGGCAUAUUUUGUUUCCUCUCUGAAUAAAAUUUCAAUGUUUCAAACAUAUGCAGAGAUCACUAUGAUUUCACCUGCACGAGGAAGCAUUCAAGGUGGCACCACGCUCACAAUAAGUGGACGGUUCUUUGAUCAAACAGAUUUCCCAGUCAGAGUUCUAGUUGGAGGUCAAGCCUGUGAUGUUUUGAAUGUCACAGAAAACAUUAUAUGUUGCAAGACAUCCCCUAAGCCUGAUAUUCUCAGAACUGUACAUCCAGGUGGGAGAGGCCUUAAGCUUGAGGUAUGGAAUAAUAGUCAGCCAGUGCAUCUUGAAGAGAUACUUGAAUACAGUGAAAAGACGCCAGGCUACAUGGGUGCCAGUUGGGUAGAUUCAGCUUCCUAUAUUUGGCCCAUGGAGCAAGACACAUUUGUAGCACGCUUCAGUGGAUUUUUGGUGGCUCCGGAUUCUGAUGUUUAUAGAUUCUACAUCAAAGGUGAUGACCGUUAUGCAAUUUAUUUUAGCCAGACUGGGCUUCCAGAAGAUAAGAUAAGGAUUGCAUAUCAUUCUUCCAAUGCCAACAGCUAUUUUUCCAGUCCAACACAAAGAUCCGAUGACAUUCAUCUUCAGAAAGGAAAAGAAUACUACAUUGAAAUCUUGCUACAGGAGUAUAGACUGAGUGCUUUUGUUGAUGUUGGACUGUACCAGUAUGGAAAUGUCUACACCGAACAACAAACAGAAGAUGCAGUGAACGAAGAACAAGUUAUUCAAUCCCAGUCAGCAAUUGUCCAGGAGGUUCAGGUUAUAACAUUGGAAAACUGGGAAACAACUAAUGCCAUCAAGGAAGUUCAGAGGAUCACAGUAACCAGCCCAUGUAUAGAAGUCAGUUCCUGCUCUCUUUACCAAUAUAGAUUAACUUACAACAUGGAAAAAACAGCCUUGCUACCUGCUGAUGCUUCUGACUUCAUACUGCAAUCAGCCCUAAAUGACCUCUGGUCUUUGAAACCGGAUACAGUUCAAGUAACAAGAACACAAAAUCCCCAAAGUUAUGUUUACACGGUAACCUUUAUAUCAACUAGAGGAGACUUUGAUCUGCUCGGUUAUGAAGUAUUUGAAGGAUAUAAUGUCACAGUGGCUAUUACAGAACAAACCAAAGGAAAACCCAGUUUGGACACAUUCACACUGAAUUGGGAUGGAGUCACUUCUAAGCCUCUUACCCCAUGGUCAGCAGAAGCUGAAUUUCAGGCAGCAGUGGAAGAGAUGGUUAGCGCUAAGUGUCCACCGCAAAUGGCAGAUUUUGAAGAAGGAUUUGUUGUGAAAUACUUCAGAGAUUACGAAACUGAUUUUAACAUGGACCACAUUAAUAGAGGGCAGAAGACAGCUGAAACUGAUGCGUACUGUGGUCGUUAUUCCCUGAAAAACCCAGCUGUUCUUUUCGACUCAGCAGAUGUUAAACCAAACAGACUACCAUAUGGAGACAUUUCAUUAUUUCCUUAUAAUCAGUUAUGUUUAGCAUACAAAGGAUUCCUGGCAAAUUAUAUUGGUCUAAAAUUUCAAUACCAAGACAAAAGCAAGAUUACCAGAAGCACUGAUGUACAAUUUACAUAUAGUUUUGCUUAUGGAAACAACUGGACGUACACGUGCAUAGACCUUCUGGACCUCAUACAAACCAAAUACAUUGGGACUAAUUUUUCUCUCCAGAGGAUUAGUGUGCAGAAAGCAUCAGAAUCACAGUCCUUUUAUGUGGAUAUAGUAUACAUUGGACAGACACCUACAAUUUCAAUCUGGGAUGAAAUGCCAAAGAGAAGACUCCCAGCAUUAGCAAACAAAGGGAUCUUUCUAAAGCACUUUCAGGUGAAUCAGACCAAAAGCAAUGGGUCAAGUAUGACGAGCCAGUAUUCUGUCACCAUGACUUCAUAUAACUGCAGUUACAAUAUACCCAUGAUGGCUGUCAGUUUUGGGCAGGUAAUCACCAACGAGACAGAGAAUGAGUCUGUUUACAGAGGAAACAAUUGGCCAGGGGAGUCAAGGAUCCGUAUUCAAAGAAUCCAAGCAGCGUCUGCACCUCUCAGUGGCAGCUUUGACAUUCAAGCUUAUGGACAUAUUCUCAAAGGCCUCCCUGCGGCGGUGUCGGCCGCAGAUCUGCAGUUUGCUCUCCAGAGCCUGGAAGAAGUGGGGCGAGUCUCCGUUACACGCGAGGGAACCUGUGCUGGGUACUCAUGGAACAUCAAGUGGAGAAGCGCAUGUGGGAAGCAGGCGCUGCUACAGGUUAAUGAUUCCAACAUUAUUGGAGAAAUGGCUAAUAUGACAGUUACGAAGGUAAAGGAAGGUGGCUUAUUCAGACAACGCAUACUUGGAGACCUACUUCGUACACCCAGCCAACAGCCACAGGUUGAAGUCUAUGUUAAUGGAAUUCCUGCUAAAUGUUCAGGUGACUGUGGGUUUACAUGGGAUCCCAUGACUACUCCCAUAAUCCGGACUAUAAGCCCUUCCAAAGGGUCCUCUGAAGAAGGAACAAUUCUAACCAUAUCAGGUUCUGGAUUCUCUCCCAGUUCCACUGUUUCUGUCUCAGUUGGACCAAUAGGUUGCUCCCUUCUUUCUGUGAAUGAAAAUGAGAUCAAGUGCCAGAUCCUGAAUGGAAGUGCUGGGCACUUCCCAGUUGCUGUAUCCAUAGCUGACGUUGGACUAGCACGGCACGUAGAGGACAAGGAAUUCCACUUCAUGUAUCAGAGUCAGAUCGCACACAUCUGGCCUGUUUCUGGAAGCUUAGCAGGUGGUAAUCUUCUGACUCUAUCUGGAACUGGCUUUAAUGAAAAUUCAAAGGUAUUAGUUGGAAACGAAACCUGCAAUGUGAUUGAUGGGGAUUUGAAUAAGAUAACCUGCAGAACCCCAAAAAGAAUUGAGGGUACAGUUGAUAUUUCAGUUAUUACCAAUGGAUUUCAAGCCACAAAAAAGGAUGCUUAUAGUUACAAUUGUUUACAGACUCCAGUUAUAACUGAUUUUAGUCCCAGAGUACGGACAAUACUAGGAGAAAGAAAUUUAACAAUUAAGGGUUAUAACUUUGGAACUGACCCUACACAAAGCGUGGAGGUGUAUGUGGGAGGAAAACCCUGCCAGAUUCUUCACUGGAACGUCACCGAAAUCAGAUGCCUUUUGCCCACGUUGUCUCCUGGGAAACAUGAUAUCCACGUAGAAGUCAGAAACUGGGGGUUUGCUUCCACAAGAGACAAGUUAAAUGCUUCUAUACAGUAUAUUUUGGAAGUGAACAGUAUGUUUCCACAGAGAGGUUCCUUAUAUGGGGGAACUGAAAUCACUAUAAUGGGCUUGGGGUUUAGCACAAUACCCACUGAGAACUCCGUGCUCUUAGGGUCCUUCCCUUGCAGUGUGACAUCAUCAACAUCAGAUGUCAUAAAAUGUAUUCUUCCUUCAACAGGGAAUGUAUUCAGGAUUACCAAUGAUGGGGAAGAUUCAGUACAUGGGUUAGGUUAUGCCUGGUCACCAUCAGUCUUAAAUGUAUCUGUGGGAGACGCUGUGACAUGGCAUUGGCAAGCACAUCCAUUUCUUACGGGAAUAGGAUAUAGAGUUUUCUCUGUCUCCAGUCCUGGAAGUGUAACUUACGAUGGCAAAGGCUUUAUGAAUGGAAGAGAAAAAUCCGCAUCAGGUUCAUUUUCUUACCAAUUUACUUCACCUGGAAUCCAUUAUUAUAGCAGCGGGUAUGUUGAUGAGGCCCACUCCAUUGUUCUCCAAGGAGUCAUUAACGUUCUACCAGCUGAAAGCAGGCGCAUUCCCCUGCACCUGUCUGUGGGCAGCACCGAAGCCACAUACGCUCAGGGAGAACCUGUGAAUUUGCACGUGGGAAGCUCUGUGACAGGCUGCCUAGCAACAGAACCCCUGUGUGGCCUGAACAAUACCGGGGUUAAAAAUUCAGAUAAAUUGCUCUUUGAGCUUUCAAGUUGUUUUUCACCAUCUAUCAGCAACAUUAGUCCAUCUACCGGAACAGUCAAUGAACUGAUAACGAUUACUGGACAUGGCUUCAGUAAUCUGACAUGUGCUAAUAAGGUUACAAUUGGUAGCUAUCCCUGUGUUGUAGAAGAAAGUAGUGCCAAUUCCAUUGUAUGUCAUAUUGACCCUCAAAACUCAAUGGAUGUUGGCAUCAGGGAAAUUGUCACUCUAACUGUCUACAACCUGGGCAUUGCUAUCAACACCCUGCCCAGUGAAUCUGAUAGGCGAUUUGUACUUUUGCCAAACAUCGAUAUGGUGUUGCCAAACGCAGGAUCAACUACAGGAAUGACAAAGGUGACCAUAAAAGGCUCUGGAUUCUCAGUUUCUUCUGCAGCUGUGGAGGUCCAUAUGGGCCGUUUUCCGUGUGAAGUUCUAUCAGUGAAUUAUACAGCCAUUGAGUGUGAAACAUCUCCUGCUCCCCACCAGCUUGUGACAGUACAGCUUCUAAUCCAUGGAGUGCCUGCCCAGUGUCAGGGGAACUGCAGCUUUUCAUACUCAGAAAGCAUCGCUGCUUUUAUCACAAGCAUCUCCCCAAAUUCUAUCACGGGAUCUGUAAAAGCCCUUAUUGAAGGAGAAGGUUUUGGCACUAUCUUAGAGGACAUUGCUGUUUUCAUUGGAAACCAACAGUUCAGAGCUGUAGAUGUCACUGAAAAUAACAUCACUGUUCUUGUGACUCCUCUCCCGGCUGGACUUCAUCCCGUUAGUGUCGUGGUGGGAAGUAAGGGCCUGGCCCUGGGAAACCUGAGUGUUAGCAGCCCCGCCGUGGCGUCUGUCACGCCGGCUUCUGGGAGCAUUGGUGGUGGAACUACUUUGGUGAUCACAGGAAAUGGCUUCUAUCCAGGCAACACCACUGUCACUGUUGGGGAUGAAUCUUGUCAGAUUAUUUCUGUCAACGCCAGUGAAGUCUACUGCCGCACCCCAGCAGGAGCAGCCGGACGGGUCAAUGUGAAGGUCUUUGUUAAUGCAGUCGCUUACCCACCGCUGUCGUUUACGUAUGCCUGGGAGGAUACGCCACUCCUCGGAGAGAUUGUUCCAAGCACAGGUCCACCAGGAACCAAAAUUCAGAUCACUGGAUCAAAUUUUGGUAUUGAUAUCUUGGAAAUUUCGGUGGUUAUAAAUAACAUUCAGUGUAAUGUAACCAUGGUCAAUGACAGUGUAUUGCAAUGCAUCGUUGGAGAUCACGCUGGUGGCACGUUUCCUGUUACGAUGCAUCAUGAGACAAAAGGCUCUGCUGUGUCCACGCUUGUAUUUGAGUACCCACUUACCAUUCACAAUAUUCAGCCAAGCCAAGGGAGCUUCGGUGGUGGUCAGACGAUGACUGUGACAGGCACCGGGUUUAAUCCACAAAAUUCAGAAAUAUUAGUGUGUGGCUCAGAAUGUGCAGUCGAUAGGCUUAAAUCUGAUUACACAACAUUGUUAUGUAAAAUUCCACCUAAUAAUGGCAGGGGACCUGAGCAAGCCUGUGAAGUGAGUGUGGUCAAUGGGAAGGAUUGGUCACGGUCCACAACUCCUUUCACGUACACCAUGUCACUGACUCCGCUCAUCACCAAAAUAGCUCCCGAGAGAGGCAGUACAGCAGGGGGCACCAGACUUACAGUCAUGGGAUCAGGCUUCAGUGAAAAUACACAGGAUGUUCACGUCACCAUAGCUGAAACCGAAUGUGAUGUUGAGUAUUCCAACGAGACAUGCAUCACCUGCAUGACGAAUGCCCACACUCCUUCAGGGUGGGCUCCCGUGCGCAUCACCGUGGGAAGCAUGGGGAUGGCCAAACGGGAGACGGCUGACUUCCUGUAUGUCGAUGCUUGGUCCUCCAGCUGCUCGUGGGGAGGAGAGCCACCCCCGGAGGAAGGGUCGCUGGUCGUCAUUCCGAAAGGACAGACAGUGUUGCUGGAUCAAAACACCCCUAUUCUGAAAAUGUUGCUUAUUCAGGGUGGAACUCUAAUAUUUGAUGAAGCUGACAUUGAACUCCAGGCAGAAAAUAUUCUAAUUACAGAUGGAGGCAUUCUUCAGAUUGGGACGGAAGCAUCCCCCUUUCAACACAAGGCGGUCAUCACCUUGCACGGGCACCUGCGGUCUCCUGAGCUCCCCGUGUAUGGGGCCAAGACACUGGCGGUGCGCGAGGGAGUCCUGGAUCUGCAUGGUCUUCCUGUCCCCGUGGUCUGGACCCGUUUGGCUCAUACUGCACAGGCAGGGGAAAGGACUCUGAUUUUACAAGAAGCAGUAACAUGGAAACCAGGAGAUAAGAUUGUGGUUGCAAGCACAGGACACAGACACAGUCAAAGAGAGAAUGAAGAAAGGACCAUCGAAUUUGUGUCUGCUGAUGGUAUAAGCCUAACGCUGACUCACCCGCUGAAUUACACACACUUAGGAAUCACUGUCCCCCUUCCUGAUGGAACUCUGUUUGAAGCAAGGGCAGAAGUUGGAAUUCUUACAAGAAAUAUUUUAAUAAGAGGAUCUGAUAAUGUGGAGUGGCAUCACAAAAUUCCAGCAUGUCCUGAUGGAUUUGACACAGGUGAAUUUGCUACACAGACAUGUCUCCAAGGAAAGUUUGGAGAAGAAAUAGGAAGUGAUCAAUUUGGAGGCUGCAUUAUGUUUCAUGCUCCUGUACCUGGUGCUAACAUGGUAACUGGAAGAAUAGAAUAUGUAGAGGUGUUCCAUGCUGGCCAGGCUUUUCGGUUGGGGAGAUACCCAAUACAUUGGCACCUGCUGGGAGAUUUACAGUUUAAAUCUUAUGUCAGAGGCUGUGCAAUUCACCAGACAUACAACAGAGCUGUUACUAUCCAUAACACUCAUCACCUUCUGGUUGAGAGGAAUAUCAUAUAUGAUAUCAAAGGAGGAGCAUUUUUUAUAGAAGACGGUAUUGAACAUGGCAAUAUCCUGCAAUAUAACUUGGCAGUAUUUGUACAGCAAAGUACUAGUCUUCUGAAUGAUGAUGUGACCCCAGCUGCAUUUUGGGUAACCAACCCAAACAACACCAUUCGGCACAAUGCAGCUGCUGGGGGCACUCACUUUGGCUUCUGGUACCGAAUGAAUGACCACCCUGAUGGGCCAUCCUAUGACCGAAACAUCUGCCAAAAAAGAAUUCCUCUUGGUGAAUUCUUUAACAACACUGUUCAUUCUCAAGGUUGGUUUGGAAUAUGGAUAUUUGAAGAAUAUUUCCCCAUGCAAACAGGAUCUUGUACUUCUACAUUGCCAGUGCCUGCAAUAUUUAAUUCACUUACUACUUGGAAUUGUCAAAAAGGAGCUGAAUGGGUCAAUGGAGGUGCCCUUCAGUUCCAUAACUUUGUGAUGGUAAAUAAUUAUGAGUCUGGAAUCGAGACCAAGAGGAUCCUGGGCGCUUAUACUGGAGGAUGGGGUGAAACCAAUGGGGCGAUGAUUAAAAAUGCCAAGAUAGUCGGCCAUCUUGAUGAAUUGGGAAUGGGACCUGCAUUUUGUACAAUGAGAGGCCUGGUUCUCCCAUUUAGCGAAGGCUUGACUGUGUCUUCCGUCCACUUCAUGAACUUUGACCGUCCCAACUGUGUAGCUUUGGGAGUGACAUCCAUCACUGGAGUUUGUAAUGAGAGAUGUGGAGGUUGGAGUGCAAAAUUUGUUGACAUCCACUAUUUUCACACACCAAACAAGGCUGGCUUUCGAUGGGAACAUGAAGUGGUACUGAUUGAUGUCGAUGGCUCACUCACAGGUCACAAAGGACACACUGUCAUUCCACACAGCUCAUUGCUGGACCCUUCUCACUGCACUCAGGAAGCCGAGUGGAGCGUGGGGUUCCCUGGGUCUGUCUGUGAUGCCUCAGUCAGCUUCCAUCGUUUAGCGUUCAACAAGCCUUCUCCAGUAUCUCUGCUUGAAAAGGAUGUGGUUCUCUCAGACUCUUUCGGCACAAGCAUUGUUCCCUUUCGGAAGAAAAGACUGACUCAUAUGUCUGGAUGGAUGGCUCUGAUUCCAAAUGCAAAGCACAUUAACUGGUACUUUAAAGGUGUGGAUCACAUAACCAACAUAUCAUACACAUCAACAUUCUAUGGAUUUAAGGAAGAAGACUAUGUCAUUAUAUCUCAUAACUUCACUCAAAAUCCUGAUAUGUUUAAUGUUAUUGAUAUGAGGAAUGGCUCCUCAAAUCCCUUGAGUUGGAAUACCAGCAAGAAUGGAGACUGGCACCUUGAAGCAAACACUAGUACUCUGUAUUACUUGGUGUCGGGGAGAAAUGACCUUCCUCAAAGCCAGCCUGUGUCUGGGAACCUGGAUCCUGAUGUGAAAGAUGUUAUUAUUAAUUUCCAAGCUUACUGCUGCGUUCUCCAGGAUUGCUUUCCUGUACAUCCGCCAUCAAGAAAUCCAAUUCCCAGGAAGCGACCAGCCACAUAUAACUUAUGGUCAAAUGAUUCUUUUUGGCAAUCAUCUCGGGAAAAUAAUUAUACCAUACCUCACCCAGGAGCAAAUGUGGUUAUCCCUGAAGGAACAUGGGUGGUAGCAGACACAGAUAUCCCACCACUGGAAAGGCUCAUUAUUUGGGGGGUUCUGGAACUGGAAGAUAAACAUAAUGUGGAAGCUGCAGAGUCUUCUUACAGAAAAGUCGUUUUGAAUGCUACCUACGUAUCACUGCAGGGAGGUAGAUUAAUUGGUGGCUGGGAAGAUAACCCUUUUAAAGGAGAAUUACAGAUUGUUCUCAGAGGAAAUCAUUCUACUCCAGAGUGGGCUUUUCCAGAAGGACCAAAUCAAGGAUCAAAGGUCUUAGGGGUGUUUGGUGAGCUGGACCUCCAUGGACUUCCGCGUUCGAUAUAUAAAACUAAACUCUCAGAAACCGCAGAGGCGGGUUCCAGAGUCCUGUCUCUGAUGGAUGCUGUGGAUUGGCAGGAGGGAGAAGAGAUUGUGAUAACAACCACGAGUUAUGAUAUCCACCAGACAGAAACCAGAAGCAUCGUUAAAAUCCUGCAUGGUCACAAAAUUCUCAUUCUCAAUGAGCCCCUUUCCUACACUCACCUUGGUGAAAGAUACCAAGUUCCUGGAACACGUCAGAGCUACACAUUAGCAGCUGAUGUUGGGAUACUGAGCAGGAACAUCAAAAUACUUGGUGAAGACUACCCAGGUUGGUUCCAGGAAUCAUUUGGUGCACGUGUCCUGAUCAGCUCAUUCACUGAAAAUAUGAUGACUUUUAAAGGAAAUGCAAGGAUAAGUGAUGUGGAAUUUUAUCACAGUGGCCAGGAAGGCUUCAGGGACAGCACGGACCCACGGUAUGCUGUCACGUUUCUUAACCUAGGACAGAUUCAAGAACGUGGCUCAUCUUACAUUCGAGGCUGUGCUUUUCACCAUGGCUUUUCCCCAGCAAUCGGUGUGUUUGGGACAGAUGGAUUGGACAUAGAUGAUAACAUCAUUCACUUUACAGUGGGGGAAGGCAUAAGAAUAUGGGGGGAUGCCAACAGAGUCCGAGGAAACUUGGUUGCACUUUCAGUUUGGCCGGGAACCUAUCAGAGCAGAAAAGAUUUAAGUUCAACUCUCUGGCAUGCAGCAAUUGAGAUAAAUAGAGGGACCAAUACAGUCUUACAGAAUAACGUCGUGGCUGGAUUUGGAAGGGCGGGAUACCGCAUUGACGGAGAACCUUGCUCAAGUCUGUCUAGCCCCCUGGACAAGUGGUCUGACAAUGAGGCCCAUGGGGGGUUAUAUGGCAUCUAUAUGAAUCAGGACGGUCUUCCUGGGUGUUCUCUCAUACAGGGAUUUACCAUUUGGAUGUGCUGGGAUUAUGGGAUUUAUUUUCAGACCACAGAGAGCGUGUAUAUCCAUAAUGUGACCCUGGUUGACAAUGGAAUGGCCAUUUCUUCAAUGAUUUAUAUGCCAGCUGCCAUAUCUCACCAAAUUUCCAAUAAAACAGUGCAAAUUAAGAGCUCAUUAAUUGUUGGAAGUAGCCCUGAAUUCAAUUGCUCUGAUCGCCUAACAAAUGAUGAUCCCAAUAUUGAACUUUCUGCUGCCCAUCGGAGUUCUAGACCUCCAUCAGGAGGGAGAAGCGGGAUUUGCUGGCCCACCUUUGCUUCAGCACAUAACAUGGCACCCCGGAAGCCUCACGCGGGGAUCAUGAGUUACAACGCCGUCAGUGGCCUUUUGGAAGUUUCAGGUUCAACAUUUGUUGGAUUCAAGAAUGUUUGUUCAGGGGAAACUAAUGUGAUAUUCAUUACUAACCCUUUAAAUGAGGAUUUACAGCAUCCAAUCCAUGUGAAGAACAUACAGCUGGUUGAUGCUAUUGAAAAAGCAAAAAUAUUUAUACAUAGGCCUGAUAUAAGGAAGGUGAAUCCAUCUGAUUGUGUAGACAUGGUUUGUGAUGCCAAAAGAAAAUCUUUUCUCAGAGAUAUGGAUGGCUCCUUUCUGGGGAAUUCUGGUUCAGUGAUACCUCAAUCAGAAUAUGAAUGGAAUGGAAAUAGCCAAUUUGGAAUUGGAGACUACAGAAUUCCAAAGGUUAUGCUCACAUUCCCAAAUGGAAGUAGAAUUCCUGUCACUGAGAAAGCACCUUAUAAAGGAAUUAUUAGAGAUUCAACCUGUAGGUACAUUCCAGAAUGGCAGAGCUAUCGGUGCUUUGGGAUGGAAUAUGCAAUGAUGGUCAUUGAAAGCCUGGAUUCUGACACCGAAACUCGAAGACUCUCACCUGUGGCUAUAGUGAGCAGUGGUUAUGUAGAUCUCAUUAAUGGCCCACAGGAUCAUGGUUGGUGUGCCGGAUACUCCUGCCAGAGAAGACUGUCCCUGUUUCACAGCAUUGUGGCUCUGAACAAAUCUUAUGAAGUUUAUUUCACUGGCACUAGUCCUCAGAAUCUUCGACUGAUGUUGCUUAACGUGAAGCACAACAAGGCUGUUCGGGUAGGAAUUUUUUUUUCCACACUGCAGCGUUUGGAUGUCUAUGUGAACAAUGCAUUGGUCUGCCCCAAAGAUACAGUAUGGAACCCCCAACAGAAACACUGUGAAUUUAAUAGACAUCUACACACAGAGCAAUUCCUUCCUAACCUGAAUUCCACUGUCCUUGGUGAAAACUACUUCGAUAGAACCUACCAGAUGCUUUACCUUUUGGUUAAAGGAGCCAUGCCUGUUGAAAUCCACACCACCGCAGUCAUAUUUGUUUCUUUCCAAAUACCUGCUAUAACAGAAGAGGACUUUUAUAGCUCUCAUAAUCUAGUUAGGAAUCUUGCCUUGUUCCUAAAGAUACCAAGUGACAAAAUCCGUAUCAGCAAAAUAAUAGGAGGGGAGAGUGUGCGCAAGAAGAGAUCCAUGGGACUCACGGUUCAACUGGAGAUUGGAGAUCCGCCCCCUCAGUUCAUAACCAAUGACACCACAGGUCAGAUGCAAUUAUCUGAACUCCAAGAAGUUGCUGCUUCUCUUGGACAAGCUGUAAUUUUAGGAAAAACCAGUAGUACCCUUGGAUUUAAUGUCUCUUCCAUGUCGAUUAUCAAUCCCAUUCCUAGCUCAAGUGAUUCUGAAUGGAUUAAGGUGACUGCCCAACCAGUGGAAAGGUUUGCAUUUCUUGUUCAUCAUGUGGCCGCUGUGUCCUCGCUCUCAGUGAUCAGUCAACCAGUGGCAGCGCAGCUGGGACAGCCUCUUUCUCAGCAGCCUUCAGUAAAGGCAGUAGAUCCCGAGGGUAAUUGUGUAUCAGUUGGGAUUACUUCAUUGACUUUGAAGGCCAUACUAAAGGACUCCAACAAUAACCAAAUCAGUGGUCUUGGUGGAAAUACAACAAUUCCAUUUAGCAGCUGUUGGGCCAACUACACGGACCUUACUCUUCUUAGAACAGGGAAAAAUUAUAAGAUUGAAUUUAUUCUGGAUAAUGUUGCUCGGGUGGAAUCCAGGGCUUUCAGCCUCCCAGCGCAGUCUGUCUCUAGCGGCGGCAGCAGCGGCGGGGGAGGCGGUGGCAUCAGCAGUGGCAGCAGCAGCGGCAGCAGCAGCAGCAGCAGCAGCGGCAGCAGCAGCGGCAGCAGCAGAGCAUCCACUGUGGGCACCGCUGCCCAGACGAUGACGACAGCGAUUAGCUGUCUGAUGGGAAGAGUGUUGCUCUUGGAAAUAUUUAUGGCUGCAGUUUUGACUUUGAACAUAAAUCUAGGAAACAACUGAAGUGCUAUUCUGAAGAACAGGCUGAAAACAAAAAUAUAAGAACUACUUUUUGUUUUUCCUGAACUAUUUUGUUGCCCAACAAGAAAGUCUAAAAAAUAUGCUAAAA